AAUCAUACAGGUAGAAAAAAGCGGUCUGUAGUAGGACGAAGUAGCUCAGGAGAUAGCAUGCUUUCUAUUUGAGGCGAUUCUAUCGGAGUGGCUGUUUCUAUUGUUUUGAUUAGGAAGAUCUUCUGGCCACCUGCAGCUACAGGACGCGCUAUCUAAGAUCUCAUCUUCCCUUGUAAAAAUCAUGGAUGAGCAGACAGGCUCACCCGGAGCCAAUACUGACAACAACAGCCAGAGAAAUGGAGAUGAGAAACCCAGACGUGGCAGCUGGACCAAGGGGAGGAAGAGGAAGAAGCCAAUGAAGGACAGCAAUGCACCCAAGGCUCCCCUAACGGGCUACGUUCGCUUCAUGAACGACAGACGGGAGCAGCUACGGGCAGAGCGUCCAGACGUGCCUUUUCCAGAGAUUACAAGGAUGCUGGGCAACGAGUGGAGCAAGCUGCCCCCUGAGGAGAAGCAGCGAUACUUGGAUGAGGCAGAGCGAGAUAAGGAGCGCUACAUGCGAGAGCUGGAGAAGUACCAGAAGACGGAGGCCUACAAACAUUUCACCAGGAAGGUCCAGGAGAAGCAGAAGGGCAAGAGGCACAGGGGAGAUGUCGGGCACCAGGUAGCCAACGAGGCUCUUCACGAGAAGGACACGGAGGGAAAGGACAGAACUGUGUUUGACAUACCAAUCUUCACAGAAGAGUUUCUUAACCACAGCAAAGCACGUGAAGCCGAGUUGCGGCAGCUGCGUAAGACAAACAUGGAGUACGAGGAGCGUAAUGCAGCCUUGCAGAAGCACGUGGAGAGCAUGCGCGGCGCUGUGGAUAGGUUGGAAGGGGAUGUCAUGCAAGAGAGGGGACGCAACGGGCUCCUUCACCAACACCUGGAGACCCUGCGGCAGGCACUCGCCUCCAGCUUCUCCACCGUACCUCUGCCAGGCAGUGGAGAGACGCCCACUCUGGAAACCAUCGACUCCUACAUGAAGAAGCUCCACAGCAUCAUCGUCAGUAACCCUCAAGAACACGAGAAUCUCAUCAGCACUGUGAGAGAAGUGGUCAACCGUUUGGACAGAUAAUCGGACUCAAGUUCAGCUGAUGCAAUGGAUUGACUCACAGCGACUUUAAACAGAUGCUCGAUCCUGGUCGAUGCCUUUCUCCUUUACGUCCAGUCUUCUUGUUGAUCUGUCAGACCAGCUGAGCUAAAAACAACUUUUAUUACUCUGCUAAGGUGAUACAAGUGAGGGUAAUGUAGCGGUUCAUAUUUAUUUAUUAUUUUUUACAUGUUUUUAUUUUUUUUGUUUUUUUUUUUUACUUUGUUUACACACUAUUAAUAUAGCCAUGGUUUGUUUUUAUAAAGUAAUCAGAGAAAAAACGUACUUUUCUGUUGUUGUUGCUCCUGUUUGGUCUUUACUGUCCAUUUAUAGUGAAUACUUCUGCGACAAUAUCUAAAUCAUUAUCGGAUUUAUUGUCAGUGGAUUUAUACCCAAGAAAUAUUGUUGAACAGACCGUCUUUCUUUCAUGCUCUGUUGAGGGGAAACAAUGUGCCAUUCCCUUUUUUUUUUUUUUUUUUU